UUUAGGAUAUUUUAUUAUCCCACGUAACAGAAUAAAUCAUAGCCACUCCUUUCCAAUAAUCCACCUUCACCAACUAUAUACUUUACUUUUCUUCUCUUAUAAUUAUAACUUAAAAACACACCAAAUUUAGAUUAAGCAACACAAAUUCCAUUGACCCCCUCAGUUUAUAACUAUAAAGUAGGUAGUCAAUGCUCACCUCAUUGUUACCAACAACCUUAAAUGCAAAUUCUAUGUUACUACUAAUUCCUAGCUGAAUUGAAGACAAGACAACAAACAAUUUUACCAUGAAAAGCCUCUGUCUUCAACCGUUGCUUGUUCCCAGCAGUGCCUUGGUUGAUAGGAGAGUCUUCUUUGCAAACCAUUUAACCACAAAGUGCUUUCCUAAGCAACUUCAUUUCAACUCUCGCUGUGUUGUUGUCUCUUCAUACUCGUCGAGUUCUGCAACUCUAUCUGCCGAAUCAGAAGUAGAAAAGAAGCAAGUAUUUGAUGGAGACAAGGCUGCUUUGCUUGUCAGAGAGCUCAGAAAUAAUUUUGAUAGCGGCAAGACUAAGAGCUAUGAAUGGCGGAUUUCACAAUUAGAGGCCAUAGCUAAGAUGUUAGAAGAGAAAGAGAAUGAAAUUAUUGAUGCUCUUCAUAAGGAUGUUUCUAAACCAAGACUAGAAGCAUAUAUAACUGAGGUUUUUCAGGCGAAAUCUUCAUGUAAUGAAGCACUUCAAGAACUGAAACAUUGGAUGAAGCCUGAAAAGGUGAGUACUUCAAUCACAACAUUUCCAUCAUCAGCAGAGAUUGUAUCAGAACCACUAGGAGUUGUGUUGAUCAUAUCAACAUGGAACUUUCCUUUCUCAUUAUCAUUGGAUCCAGUCAUUGGAGCCAUUUCAGCAGGUAACACAGUGGUUUUGAAACCAUCAGAAAUUGCUCCUGCAACAUCAUCUCUGCUUGCAAAUUUGCUAGAAAUUUAUCUAGACAACUCUGCAGUAAGAGUUGUUGAAGGGUCCGUUCCUGAAACAACUGCACUCCUGGACCAGAAGUGGGAUAAGAUACUUUACACAGGUAGUGCUCGAGUAGGUCGCAUUGUUAUGGCUGCUGCUGCAAAGCAUCUUACUCCAGUAAUUCUGGAGCUUGGAGGAAAGUGUCCAGCAGUUGUUGAUUCAAAUAUCAACUUACAAGUCACUGCUAGAAGGAUAAUUGCUGGCAAAUGGGCAUGUAAUAGUGGACAAGCAUGCAUUUCUGUUGAUUAUAUCAUCACAAGAAAAGACUUUGCUCCAACACUUAUAGCUGCUUUAAAAGAAGAGUUGGAGAAUUUUUUUGGGAAAGAUCCGAUAGAAUCGAAAGAUAUGUCUCGUAUUGUGUCUCCAACUCAAUUCGCACGACUCGUGAAACUCUUGGAUGAGGAUAAGGCAUCUGACAAAAUUGUUUUAGGAGGUCAGAGGGAUGAGAAGAAAUUAAAGAUUGCUCCAACUAUCUUAUUGGAUGUUCCAGAAGAAGCUCUGGUUAUGCAAGAGGAGAUAUUUGGGCCAAUAUUGCCAAUUAUCACUGUAGACAACAUAGAAGAUAGCUAUGGUAUAAUAAAAUCAAGGCCAAAACCUCUGGCUGCAUAUCUCUUCACAAACAAUGAGCAGCUGAAGAAGGAUUACGUGGAUAAGAUAUCUUCUGGAGGGAUGCUCAUCAACGACGCUGUCGUGCAUGUUGCAACUCGUGGUUUGCCUUUUGGAGGAGUUGAAGAGAGUGGAAUGGGUUGUUACCAUGGAAAGUUUUCUUUUGAUAGUUUCAGCCAUAAGAAGGCAGUUUUGUAUAAAGGUUUUGAUUCAGAUCCAGACAUAAGGUAUCCACCAUAUACACCUGAGAAGGCAAAAAUGUUGAGGGCAAUUUUAGACGGAAAUAUUUUUGCAAUAAUUCUUGCUUUGCUUGGAUGGUCUAAGUAAAGGGACAUGUAAAUGUAAUGUUCUUGUUCCUCCCAGUCUCUGGUGAUGGGGUGUGAUUUCUCUAGGCAUGUUUACAUGUAUGUGUCCUGUUCCUGCAUUUGUUUUGGUAAGGUGGAUUGGAGGGCCAGAAGCCCCUGUAAAUAUAUUUAUCAACAAUUACUUGUAAAAAUGGUUAAAAGAACUUUACAGUUUACAAGUUUUUUAAAUAAAUCAAAAUUAGCAAUUGCAUCUUAA